AUGAAUACCGACCGCAGCAGGUCCCGCAGGGAGCGGACCUUCGUGGGCAGCGAAUGCGCUGUUUGCGAGGAGCCGCUCGAGCACACCCUCCGCGGUGAGAGGAUACUGCAAUUCUCUUGCUUGCAUGUCUCCCACGAGGCAUGCUUCUACGAGUUUAUCAGGGAAUUCGAGUCGCAGUACUGCCCGGCGUGUAAUGCGCCGCUACACCUCGACACCAGCAGGGGUGGUAAUGUUCUGGAUAUCGGUGAGGACGCCGAGCGCCGCCGCUUCAAGACCCAAAGCGCGACCGCUGACAGGACUGCCGCAGAGAAAAUCAGCAACAUGGUCCGGUCAGCCUCUGUGAACGACUCGAGAUCGCAGGGGACGCGGACUCCGACACUACCGUGGGACGACCAAACGGUGCGGCCACCAAGCCGGGGCUCCAACAACAGAUCGGCGGGCAUGCAAGCGAACGGGCGCGAAUCGUCCCAGCGGAGAAGUGCCCGAGAUAGCGCUCCGCUUUCGGAUCGCUACACGGCACCUUCGAGGCAUGCCCGAAGUGAUAGUGAGGCGACCGGUGUCGCCUCAUCCGGAGGGUAUCCCGAGACAACCCAAAGCGGACCACCACGCCGCCACGACUACGACGUCCAGGCGAUGGAGACGUCGAUCGCCAGCCCGCGAACCGCCACGCGGAACCCAAUCCCCGCGCCAACUGUGACCGUCAAGUCUGAGUUCCCGACCAUCAACAGGUCACAGCAACAACAGACGCUUACUUGCCUUGUCACCAUCGAAGUCCCAGACAGCCAGUGGCGGCCCGACCCAGAGGAUCUCCAGGCCGUCCCGCCUUUGCCCCAACUGAGGCCUGAAGAGACUUAUGCGGCAGCCGCCGCUGCGACAGCAGCAGCAGCGCCACCGUCACCAGCUCGCGUUGCGCCACGCUUCUAUCCAUACGAAUCACCGGAGGUGUUGCAAGAGAUGACUAACAACCUCAGGAAUCGGGUGGAGAAUUGGCACGGGCUUGAUUUUAGCCGGUUUGGCAAGCUGCGGCUGUAUGGCACGCUCCGUGUGGGGAAGGACAAGGUGUCUUGGCAGGAGUUGGAAUGCUUCCUAUUCGCCGAGAUGCUCAUCUGCGUGAAGGAGAAGAAGAAUGCCAACCCGCCACCGGCAUCGUCGCAGUGGGAUGACGAUGCUGUUCCGCGCAAAACCACCCGCUGCACCCUCAAGGGGUCAAUCCUCAUAAAAAAGCACCUCAACGAGGUGACGGAGACGGGCAACAUCGACGAGAACAUCCUCACCCUCAGUUUGUCCGUCGCGGAGCUGCCACAGUUCCAUCUCCGCUUCGAGAAUAGGAACCAGGUCAAGCUGUGGAGGCAGGCCCUUGUCGAUCUCAAUGCCGUCGAGCGGUCUCCUGUCCGCAGCCCCGACUACGACCGCGGCGAGUUCUCUGAGACGGAUGAAGAUGACUGGCAGAGGACGCCGUCCUCCAACCGCCCUCAAAGGGUGUCGUCGCUCGCAUCAUCAUGGGGCGGGGCAAGAUCGGCGACUACCGCACCGACCGACUACACCAGCUUCGCGCGAAGUCCUCUGCUGCAGUCUGUCCAUGUCCCUGUUGACGUUGUAGUUGUCGUCCCCAUAUCCGCAUCUAUGCAGGGCGUCAAGAUCAAUCUUGUUCGGGAUGCCCUGCGGUUUAUGGUGCACACGCUGGGCGAGAGGGACCGGAUGGGCCUCGUCACCUUCGGCUCGUCUGGAGGCGGCGUGCCGAUCGUGGGCAUGACGACAAAGGCGUGGCAGGGCUGGGGCAACGUGCUUAACUCGAUUAAACCCGUUGGCCAGAAGAGCCACCGUGCCGACGUCGUCGAGGGUGCGAACGUGGCCAUGGACCUCCUCAUGGGGAGGAAGUACAAUAACCCCAUUGCCACCAUUAUGCUCAUCAGCGAUGCAUCGACGUCCGACGCUGACAGCGUCGACUUUGUUGUCUCGCGAGCAGAAGCAGCCAAGAUUGCGAUCCAUUCGUUCGGUCUAGGCAUGACCCACAAACCGGAUACUAUGAUUGAGCUCUCGUCACGGACCAAGGCGUCUUAUACCUACGUCAAGGACUGGAUGAUGCUCCGGGAGUGCCUGGCCGGAUGCCUCGGCUCUAUGCAGUCCUUGUCGCACCAGAACGUCAAGCUCAAGCUCAAGCUCCCGGAGGGAUCACCAGCCAAGUUCCACAAGAUCAGUGGUGCGCUGCAGAUCACGAAGCGGGCGGCAGGUCGCGAUGCAGAAGCUUCGCUUGGCGACCUGCGCUUCGGCGACAAGCGCGAUAUUCUGGUCCAGCUUGUCAUCCUGCCUGACAACGCCUCCCAGGAGCAGCUUCCACAAGAUCCGUGGGAGACUAUAGUCUCGGGGCUCGAGGCCCUCGGCGGCUCUAUGGACCAGGAUGAGCAGAGGGUGGUGUCAGUCGAGGAAGUUCCCCUGAUUCAAGCCGAUAUCACAUGGGGUGACAUCUUGAGAGAUGGGACCACGCAGCACACGCGACCGUCUCUCCUUGCAAUCACCAUGCUACCUCCAUCAGCAGGCCAGAAGAAAUCAUGGGUCAACUCACCGCUCAUCCCGCCACAUCCCAGCAUCGUGCAGCGGAGAAUGGAACUGCUCACGUCCGACAUGCUUACACGAGCCUUGACCCUGGUCAGCAGAGGCCAGCAUGAUCGUGCCCAUACACUACUGAACGAGACGCGAUCCAUCCUCAAGGGCCUCGGAAAGGGCGGUCUUCCUCCAGUUCCACCCAUGCUGUCGAGCAAAUCCCAGCCCUCGACUCCGCACCCCCUCAGCGAUACUUCCCCAACAACCCUGGGCACGCCGGAGAGGAAACACUCGCCUUCGCCGACGACAUCCGCUACCUCAUCUGCUAUCAACGGCUUCCCUCCCCAGAGCAUUUCCCGCAGCCGAUCCAACGACGGCCUCACGCUUGGCAGCAUGGGAACAACGCCCGGUAUCGAUGCUAGCACCGUGGCAGCCCUAGACGCGGAGCUCGAGUCCAGUCUAGAGUGGAUCAACCACCCUGCAGUAUUCGGACGCGAUAGCCGGAAGGCAGUCUUGCAGGCUAUCGGAGUCAUCAGCUCCCAGAGGGCCUUCACCUUCCGGACGCCCAUCGAGGGCCUGUGGGCUGACCGUGUCAGGGGUGUGAAGAAGCUCACCGAGAAGAGCCGGGAGUGGCACGAGGAAGGGGGAGUCGAAGGCGGCAUCAUGGAGGAGGCUUAA